GGUGACGUCAUUUGACGGCUCCACCGGGUGAAACAUGGCGGCCAAAGGGGGUGGCUGCGGCUCCCGGGGGUUUUAUUUUAACACCGUGCUGUCCCUGGCCCGCUCACUGUCCGUGCAGAGACCGGCGGCCCUGGAGAAGGUACAGAAACUACUGUGUAUGUGCCCUGUGGAUUUCCAUGGAGUGUUCCAGCUGGAUGAGAGGCGCAGAGAUGCACUCAUUGCUUUGGGUAUCUUUCUGGUGGAAUCAGAUCUUCAGCAUAAAGACAACGUGGUCCCUUACCUUCUGAGGCUAUUAAGAGGUUUACCGAAGGUGGUAUGGAUAGAAGAAAGUAAUGCACGGAAGGGCAAAGGUACACUUUCUGUGGCAGAGAUAUUUAGUUUCUGUCUAGUGACCUUACUAUCAGAUGUUGCACACAGGGAUCUGUGCUAUAGGAGUCAGAUAUUAGAGACUGUACUGGAUGUGAUGCAAUGUCUGCUUGGAAUGUGUCAGUCACCACAGGCUCAAGAUAAAGAAUACCUGUGUAAGUAUGCAGUUCCAUGUCUAAUUGGCAUUUCCCGAGCAUUUGGACGCUACAGCAACACUGAAGAAUCCUUGCUGUCCAAGCUGUUUCCAAAGGUCUCUCCGAAAUCCCUGAAGGCGCCCGAUGAAUUGGAAGGAAUCAGGCGACGUUCCUUCAAUGACUUUCGUUCCAUCCUGCCGAACUCCCUGCUGAAUGUGUGUCAGGGAGACUCGCUAAAAAGAAAGACCAGUAGUGUGUCCAGUGGCUCCCAGGUUAGCCCUGAUCGUGUUGUUCCUCCCCCUGGAUCCCCCGCAGGACACAGCAUCCCAUACUUUGAAGGCUCAUAUUUGCCGGAUGGCAGUUCAGUGGAUCCAGAUUAUUACCUCACGACCAUCAGUUCCAGCUUCUCUGUUUCCCCUCUUUUCACGGGUGUGAACAACAAGGAGUUUGACAUCCCCCAGGAUAUGCUGCGUCAGUUACUAUCCAUGGUGAAGCAGAUUGUUGCAGAUCCAGUUUUGAGCUCAUUGGAUACCCUGAUUACUGAAGUUACAGAGGCAAAUCCCAAUGCAGAUCUUUAUUAUAAGACAUUUAGUGAUCCGCUCUACGUGGCCAUGUUUAAGAUGCUUAGAGAUACACUGUAUCACAUGAAAGACCUCCAGACCUCAUUUGUGAAGGAAAUCCAUGACUUUGUCCUUGAACAGUUUAACAGCAGCCAGUCUGAGCUGCAGAAAAUUCUGCAUGAUGUGGACAGACUACACAGUGAACUCAGUCCUUUGAAGUUAAGAUGUCAGGCAAGUGCAGCCUGUGUGGACCUCAUGGUGUGGGCAGCCAAGGACGAACAAGGUGCAGAGAACUUGUGCAUCAAACUGUCGGAAAAGCUGCAGUCCAAGACUUCUAGUAAAGUCAUUAUCGCCCACAUGCCUCUUUUGAUCUGCUGCUUACAGGGUCUGGGUCGCCUGUGUGAAAGAUUUCCUGUGGUUGUGCACUCUGUGACUCCAUCGCUUCGAGACUUCCUGGUGAUCCCUUCUCCUGUGCUGGUGAAACUAUAUAAAUACCACAGCCAGUAUCAGUCAGGUGGUAAUGAUAUUAAAAUCAGUGUCACUAAUGAGCACUCAGAGUCCACCAUGAAUGUUAUCUCUGGCAGGAAGAGUCAGCCCUCUAUGUAUGAGCAGCUUCGGGAUAUUGCUAUUGAAAACGUCUGCAGAUGCUUAAAAGCUGGAUUGACUAUUGACCCAGUCAUUGUCGAGGCCUUCCUUGCCAGUUUAUCCAAUCGCUUGUACAUAUCACAGGAAAACGAAAAGGAUGCCCAUUUGAUCCCUGAUCACACUAUUCGUGCCUUAGGGCAUAUUGCUGUGGCCCUAAGGGAUACCCCUAAAGUGAUGGAACCCAUCCUCCAGAUUCUACAGCAGAAGUUUUGUCAGCCUCCUUCUCAGCUGGAUGUGCUCAUCGUAGAUCAGCUUGGAUGCAUGGUCAUUACUGGAAAUCAAUAUAUCUACCAGGAGGUGUGGAACCUGUUCCAGCAGAUUAGUGUGAAGGCCAGUUCUGUGGUGUACUCCACCAAGGAUUAUAAAGAUCAUGGAUAUAGGCACUGCUCCUUGGCCGUCAUAAAUGCUCUUGCGAACAUUGCAGCCAACAUCCAGGGGGAACAGCUGGUGGACGAGCUGCUGAUGAACCUGCUGGAGCUGUUUGUGCAGCUGGGACUUGAGGGGAAGAGAGCGAGUGAAAGGGCCAGUGAGAAGGGACCCGCACUAAAGGCUUCAAGCAGUGCGGGGAAUUUGGGAGUCUUGAUUCCAGUCAUUGCAGUGCUCACACGGAGAUUACCACCGAUCAAGGAGGCUAAGCCACGGCUUCAGAAACUCUUCAGAGACUUCUGGCUGUAUUCUGUUCUUAUGGGGUUCGCUGUGGAGGGAUCAGGCCUCUAUUCGCAUCACUUCCAACCUGUGUCUGCUGCUCUCGCUGUGUAUCACUGUGUACCUGUACUCUGCAGUGUUCCUCUUGUAGAACCAUCUCCCUGUACUAUGCAAGCCCAUCAGCAUGAAGACACAUACAAACCACAUGAACCAGGCAGCAGCAGUCGACGACUCUGGCCCGAGGAAUGGUACGAGGGUGUCUGUGAAAUUGCCACUAAAUCCCCUCUGCUGACCUUUCCAAGCAAGGAGCCGCUUCGAUCUGUUCUACAGUACAACUCUGCCAUGAAGAAUGACACCGUGACUCCAGCAGAAUUGAAUGAGCUGAGAAGCACCAUUAUCAACCUGCUGGACCCAGCUCCGGAGGUGUCUGCACUCAUCAACAAGUUAGACUUUGCAAUGUCUACCUACCUGCUGUCUGUGUAUCGCCUGGAGCACAUGAGAGUCCUGCACUCCACAGAUAAGGAUCGUUUCCAGGUCAUGUUCUUUUACUUUGAAGACAAAGCUAUCCAGAAGGAUAAAUCAGGGAUGAUGCAGUGUGUUAUUGCAGUAGCAGAUAAAGUAUUUGAUGCCUUUUUGGCAGUGAUGGCGGAUAAGCCCAAAACAAAGGAAAAUGAGCAAGAGCUGGAGCGUCACGCACAGUUUCUGUUGGUGAACUUCAACCAUAUCCACAAGCGCAUCCGACGAGUGGCCGACAAGUAUUUGUCUGGACUUGUAGACAAAUUUCCCCAUUUGCUCUGGAGUGGGACUGUGUUGAGAACAAUGUUGGACAUCUUGCAAACUUUGUCCCUUUCACUUAGUGCGGAUAUUCAUAAGGACCAACCAUACUAUGACAUUCCUGAUGCCCCAUACAGAAUAACUGUUCCUGAUACCUACGAAGCUAGGGAGAGCAUUGUGAAGGACUUUGCUGCUCGUUGUGGAAUGAUUCUACAAGAAGCCAUGAAAUGGGCCCCUUCAGUGACCAAAUCCCAUCUACAGGAAUACCUAAACAAACACCAGAACUGGGUGUCUGGCCUUUCACAGCACACAGGCCUUGCCAUGGCUACAGAAAGCAUAUUGCAUUUUGCCGGAUACAACAGGCAAAACACAACUCUUGGGUAUCCAGCUUCCUAUGUCCAGAUGACUCAGUUAACUGAGCGCCCAGCCUGUGUCAAGAAAGACUACUCCAACUUUAUGGCAUCUCUGAACCUGCGCAAUCGCUACGCUGGUGAGGUUGCUGGCAUGAUUGACUUCUCUGAUGCAACAGGCAGAGCUUCUGAUCUGAACAAACUGAUGAUGAAAUAUCUGAAUGAUGCGCUGGAUUCUGGAAAACCACAGGCAUACACCCAGGUCAUGUUCAAACUUACAGCCAUGCUCAUCAUCAGCAGAGAAUGUGAUGCUCAACUCCUGCACCAUCUCUGUUGGGCUCCCUUGCGCAUGUUUACUGAUCAUGGUAUGGAGACUGCUAUUGCUUGCUGGGAGUGGUUGCUGGCAGCUAAGAAUGGAAUUGAAGUGCCGUUUAUGCGGGAAAUGGUUGGAGCUUGGCAGAUGACAGUAGAGCAGAAGAUCGGGCUUUUCUCCAUUGAGAAGAAGGAAGCAGAUCCCCUGGCUGCCUCGGAGCAAAGCCAGCCUCAACCUUGCCCCCCAGAAGUGAAUCCUCAUUAUAUAUGGAUCGAUUUCUUGAUGCAGAGAUUUGAGAUCGCAAAAUAUUGUAGCUCAGACCAAGUGGAAAUCUUCUCUAGCUUACUGCAGCGUUCUUUGUCCUUAAACAUUGGAGGGUCCAAGGGAAGCCUUAACCGUCAUGUUGCUGCUAUUGGACCAAGAUUCAAAUUGCUGACUCUUGGGUUGUCCCUCCUACAUGCUGAUGUGGUCCCAAAUGCCACCAUCCGCAAUGUUCUGAGAGAGAAAAUUUACUCUACAGCAUUCGACUACUUUAGUUGCCCUCCCAAAUUCCCAACACAAGCAGAGAAACAAUUACGAGAGGACAUCAGUAUUAUGAUCAAGUUCUGGACUGCCAUGUUCUCUGACAAGAAGUAUUUAACAGCUAAUCAACUAGUGCCACCAGAUAAUCUAGACCCAUCAGUGAACAGCCUGUCUGUAAUGUCAGAUGUCAACCGCAGUAAUUUAGAUGUAACAGUUGGGUCUCGUCAACAAACAGCCCAGGGUUGGAUUAACACAUAUCCCUUGUCCAGUGGCAUGUCCACCAUCUCCAAAAAAUCAGGAUUGGCAAAAAAAACAAACCGAGGAACGCAGUUGCAUAAAUACUAUAUGAAGAGGAGAACUCUGCUGCUUUCUCUACUAGCCACUGAGAUUGAGCGGUUGACCACUUGGUACAAUCCUUUGUCCUCCCCUGAGUUAGAGCUAGAUCCGACAGGAGAAAACAGUGUGGCUAACUGGAGAUCCAAAUACAUGAGCCUGAGUGAGAAGCAGUGGAAGGACAAUGUGAAUCUUGCAUGGAGCAUCUCUCCUCACCUGGCUGUGCAGCUGCCUACAAGAUUUAAAAACAAUGAAGCCAUUGGAGGGGAAGUGACCAGGCUUGUAAGACUAGACCCAGGAGCAGUAAGUGAUAUGCCAGAGGCUAUCAAGUUUCUUGUAACUUGGCACACAAUAGAUGCAGAUGCUCCAGAACUCAGCCACAUCUUGUGCUGGGCGUUAACUGACCCACCGACUGGACUCUCCUACUUCUCCAGCAUGUAUCCUCCACAUCCUCUCACUGCUCAGUAUGGAGUUAAAGUACUGCGAUCAUUCCCACCGGAUGCCAUCCUUUUCUACAUUCCUCAAAUUGUUCAAGCCCUGAGAUAUGACAAGAUGGGUUAUGUUCGAGAAUACAUUUUAUGGGCAGCUGCUAAGUCACAGCUUUUGGCACACCAAUUUAUCUGGAAUAUGAAGACCAACAUUUUCCUGGACGAGGAGGCACAUCAAAAGGACCCUGAUAUUGGGGAUCUGCUGGAACAGCUAGUAGAAGAAAUCACGGGAUCAUUGUCAGGACCAGCCAAAGAUUUCUAUCAGCGGGAGUUUGACUUUUUCAAUAAGAUAACCAAUGUCUCUGCCAUCAUAAAGCCAUACCCUAAAGGAGACGAGAGAAAGAAAGCAUGUCUAAAUGCUCUUUCUGAGGUGAAAGUCCAGCCAGGUUGUUAUCUGCCCAGUAAUCCAGAAGCAAUUGUAUUGGACAUUGAUUAUAAAUCUGGGACCCCCAUGCAAAGUGCGGCAAAAGCUCCUUAUUUGGCGAAAUUUAAAGUGAAGAGAUGUGGAGUGAGCGAGCUGGAGAAGGAAGGUCUUCGAUGCCGGUCCGACUCCAUUGAUGAAAGUGAGGAGGAAGAAGGGGACAAAAAAAUUUGCUGGCAGGCUGCCAUCUUUAAAGUGGGAGAUGACUGCAGGCAGGACAUGCUGGCCCUGCAGAUCAUUGACCUGUUCAAGAACAUUUUCCAACUAGUUGGACUUGACCUCUUUGUUUUCCCAUACCGAGUGGUUGCAACAGCUCCUGGGUGUGGUGUAAUUGAGUGCAUUCCUGACUGUACCUCCCGAGAUCAGUUGGGUCGCCAGACCGACUUUGGCAUGUACGACUACUUUACACGUCAAUAUGGAGAUGAGUCAACCCUUGCUUUCCAAAAGGCUCGAUAUAAUUUUAUCCGUAGUAUGGCAGCAUAUAGCCUCCUGCUUUUCCUGCUGCAGAUUAAAGAUCGACACAAUGGCAACAUCAUGCUGGACAAGAAGGGUCACAUCAUCCACAUAGAUUUUGGCUUCAUGUUUGAGAGUUCUCCAGGAGGUAACUUGGGUUGGGAGCCAGAUAUCAAACUGACUGAUGAAAUGGUGAUGAUAAUGGGAGGCAAGAUGGAAGCCACGCCCUUCAAAUGGUUUAUGGAGAUGUGUGUACGUGGUUACCUGGCUGUCAGACCAUAUAUGGAUGCUGUGGUGUCAUUGGUCACUCUUAUGCUGGACACAGGAUUGCCCUGCUUUCGUGGACAGACUAUUAAACAGCUGAAGCAUCGCUUUAGCGCUAACAUGACUGAGAGAGAUGCUGCAAAUUUCAUCUUGAAAAUUAUCCAAAACUGCUUCCUCAGUAACAGGAGCAAAACCUAUGACAUGAUCCAAUAUUAUCAGAAUGACAUCCCAUACUGAGUAUCUCCCGACCCUACCGUUUGGCAUCCUGCUUUUAGUUCCUUCAAUCUGUAUUCCUCUUACGUCUGUGUGCUCACACGCAAUGAACCACUGAGGGAUUUGCAGUCAAUGGGAAGUGAGGAGAGAGUGAUACUGGGAGGUGCAAGAACUACAGAGCAGGAAUUGUGGAGGCAAGUGGAUCAUGUCUUGCAUAGACUCCUUUCACAAAAACUAUUACCCAAGCCAAAAUUCCACAUUACAGACUGAGGAGCAAUGUGUUUAUUGCUAGUUACAGAUAGCUGAUUUUGUAUAAUGUUGUUAGAAUUGAAAUAAUAUGAGGGACAAGCCCCAAACAAUUUUAUUUAUGAGCGGCAACUUGUGGUACGAACCCUAGCCAUCAAAGAGCCGAUUUAAAUAACUGUGCACCUUAUGUAGUCAUGUUUUCCACUUGUAAGAUCCAGUACAGAGGAGGAUCAAACUAUAUUUGUGGGGUGUAAUUCAUGGAUUGAAGCUUGCACUGUGCCCCCAAAUAUGAAGAACUCCCUUCACGCAGGAUACUUGAAGAAAGUGACUUUUCUCUCUUGUGUGUACAAACUGUUGAUUUAUUUAAUCGGUUUACUGUAAUUAAACAGCAAAGUAACUUUGGUUUUGUC